AUGAGCGAGCACAUCUCCAGCUCUUCCCCUUCUACAAAAGCGCUGUCGCUGUCGCCGUCAACCCAGCUCAGCCAGAACCGAUCCGACCAUAUCCAAACCAAACAACCGUCCGCCAUCACCGUAAAUCCGUCGUCUUCACAGCCGCACAGCAGAAACACUUCGCAGAGAAUCAGAAACCAAGGCCACUCCGAUAGCAAAAGCAACAGCAACAGCAGCAGUCGACGCGACUCGCCAUAUGGCCGCAACCAAUCACAGCGUCGCGGCAAAGGGACGCACGAUCUGUUCGACGGGCCGGGGGGCAUCAACGACAGACUCGGUCCGUCCAACGGCAGACUCGGUCCAUCCAACGACAGACUUGGCCCGUCGAACGACAUCAGCGACAGGCUGGGCACCAAAAAAGCAGGCACUCCGCCCAAUAAGUCCAAAUCCUCCGGCCGCGGCCUGGCCAUCGCCGGGCGCAGCCGCGAUACCACUGCCCACGACGCAUUCCGAGUAAUCUACGCGACUGGAAUCCCACACAACUUCACCAGCGAGCAACUCGAAAGGGUUUUUAGCGAUGUUGGGCGGGUAGACAGCGUGCGCAUGGGCAUAGACAAGAACGAUCGGUUUAUUGGAAAGGCCGAAAUAACCUACAGGCAGCCCGAGGAUGCUCGGAGCGCCAUGCAGGUAUUUGAUGGCGAGACACUCUACGGCACAGACAUCAAGUUUCACGAAAAAAUUGCCGUCAGGUUUUCAACUCCAUGGGAUGCCGAAUAUUUGGAUGAGCUCAAGUUCGUCAGCUCAUUGCCACAGCCAAGAGAAGUGCCUGUGAUGGAUCGCCUGGGCGGCGUUGCCAGCAGGGCGAUUGCGUCGGCAGGGAUGUUUGCUAUGCAGCAGUUUGAGGCGUACGACGACGGGAGCUCGGCUUGGUUCAACAACGGUGGCGCCAAAAACUAUUCCGGCGGCAACAACCAUGGCAACGGCAAGGGCCACACUGGUAGGCAGGCGCAAACGACGGCGCAGCAGCUGGACGACGAUCUGGAUGCGUACAUGAAUGAAAGCAACGAGAGGAGCGCUGGGAGCAAGCCGACUGAGCCUGCUGCUGCCACUGCCAAAUCUGCCGAGGCUGACGCUAGCAUGGCGGAUGAAUGA